AUGUACGGAUCGGAGACUUGGGCAGCACCAUCAACGGUUAUGGAGAGGCUUGACUGCACGGAACGAAAGCUGCUUAGACGGCUACUUGGCCACUUUUGGCCUAGGGUAUGUCACAAUGAAGAUCUUUACGUAGAAAUUGGUGUGGUAUACCGGCGGAUGACACGUGGAAAACAUCAACAUCUUGCACCGCCAUCGAAAGUGGCUAAAGAGUUUGUCGGGUUCGAGCUGGAAGAAGCCACCUGGCCGAAAACGGAAGUUCUGGACUGGGGUGAAUAUGGAAUAGCGACGAAUGGAUUGAUUCUGUGCAAGCUCUCGCAGAAGGUCGAGAAGGUUGGGCAGAGCUGUGUUCAAGGACGGCACACCUCGGCGAAGAUGCGGGUAAUCGCGUCAGGCGAUGACAUCAGCCCGCCGAUUAAGUCAAAACAACAACGCCCAACAACAUUUCCCAGUUGUUCAACUGAGCCAAGCGGGUACGAGACAGAACAGUUCAGCGAGUUUCAGAUUAAAAAGGAAGUGGACACUUUUGGUUACGGCUUCGAUUCAUACUCUUUUUCUGAUUUCUGUGACGAAGACAAUAAAUUUCUUAAGCGUAGAGGUCCUCGGACAACAAUAAAACAGAAUCAGCUUGAUGUUCUGAAUCGAAUUUUUUCUUCAACUCCAAAACCUUCGAAACACGCUCGAGCGAAGCUAGCCCUUGAGACUGGACUGAGUAUGAGAGUUAUUCAGGUUUGGUUCCAAAACCGCCGUAGUAAGGAAAGACGACUGAAACAUCUCUGCAACUACCUACGACAUUAUGAGCAAAGAGGUCUUCUACCUCCUCCAGUCCAAUUUGCUGCAGGAGAAGGAGGACGUACCCCUGAAGUGACGUCAUUCAGUCAGUAUCUUAGUGGAAUUGAAGGGCAACUAGACGAGGACGAUGAAGAAGACUGA